AUGGAGAAGCUGUCGGGGGGCGACCUCGACGACCUCUUGGAAAGGAGUGGCUGCUUGGGUGAGCACUUGGUCUCCCGCAUCGUUCGCCAGGUGUUGUCUGGAGCAGCGUUUUGCCACGAGCGCGGCAUUCUUCACCGCGAUUUGAAGCCCGGCAACAUCAUGUUGGUGUGCGCGGAUUUGCACGAGCAGAGCUUGGCCUGGCUCACCGGCUGCUGCUUGAGUCCCCAGCUGAAAGAAGGCAGCUACAACUGCAAAAUCAUUGACUUCGGGCUAUCUGCGACCUUUGAUCCAACCGACCCCGGCGGCGGCAUCACAGAUGUAAAUGGGACGCCGGCCUACAUGGCACCAGAAGUCUGCAAAAGGAUGGGCAGGUACGCAGCAAAAGCUGAUGUUUGGUCCAUCGGCGUUCUCACCUACGAGCUGCUCACGGGCAGUUUACCGUUUGGAGAUGCCUCCGACUAUUCCGGCGGUUUCAAAGAGCUCUUCGAGAUCACGAAGCAGUACGAAAACUUGGAGUCCUUUUGGGCAUUGAUGCCAGAGGACCACUGGCAUGAGGCCAAGACCAGAUGGCUUUCUCGCAGCCUCGGGGUGCGAAAGUUCGUCUCGUCGCUUCUUUGCUGUGACCCCGAGCAGAGGCCCUCGGCCGUGGAGGCUUUGAGAAGCCCGUGGUUCGAGUUGUACAGACCUACCCGCGACGGGCUUACGCCGGAGUUGUUUCAGUCUCUUCUCGACUACGCAGAGGAGACACAUUUCGUGAAGGUUUGCUUGCUGCUUAUCGCUGCCCGUCUGGGAAGCGAAAGCCUCGAGCCUUAUCGCGCUGCUUUCCUGGGCAUCGACACGGGGAACGGCAGCCUUUCGCGUGCCGAGUUCUUCGAGGCUGUGCAGAACCUUCAGGACUGCGACUCCUGUUGCCCUCUGAGCCGUCGGAAGGUGUCCAAGUGGUUCGAGCAGUGCGAUCUGAACAAGAACGGCCGCCUGGAGUACAGUGAGUUCCUGGCCGCCUGCCUCCACGCACAACUGCACGCGUUGGAGAGUCCGGAUGAUCUUCACGGCGAGGCGCUCUCGAACCGCGCAUUUUCCGCCUUGGACUCCGACGGCGAUGGCCGUGCCACCCGAGGAGACAUCCUGCGCUUCUUUCACACGGACCUGGUCAUCAAGGGACUCCCUGAAAAGGCGCCGUUCGAC